ACAGAGAGGAGCCUCAAAUGUAAGUUUCUUUUUAAAAAACCCCCUUCUAAACUAUCCCCUUCACCUCCACUGCAAGAAUUCGAUGCUUCGAGUCGAUUUAUGAGAACAUCAUGAACCUAGAAAAUCUCAGCAAGUCCGAGCUACUGAUGUUCUUCAGCGUGCUUGAGGGGGAACUUGAAGCAAGGGAUAUGGUGAUAGAAGCACUGCAAGCACAACAAAAAGAUUGUUUUAUCCAAGAACGCUAUGGAAAGUAUGACAUCAGUGACCCGUUCCUUGCUCUGCAAAGGGACUGUGAGUCAAUCCAUGACGGGGCUCAUGUUGACAAGCAGCCCGUGUGCACGAACCCGCUGUCUGUGCUCAAAGUAGUGAUGACACAAUGCAAGAAGAUGCAAGAUCGGAUGAUAUCCCAGUUGGCUGCCGCGGAGAGCCGACACAGAAAGGUUAUUUUGGACUUGGAAGAGGAGAGGCGAAGACAUGCCCAGGACACGGCUGAAGGCGAUGACGUGACUUACAUGCUGGAGAAGGAACGAGAACGGCUCACACAACAGCUGGAAUUUGAAAAGUUGCAGGUGAAGAGAGUGGAAAAGGAGCAGAAGAAAAUGUCCGCGCAGUUGGAAGAAGAACGAUCGCGCCACAAGCAGCUAACCGCAGUGUUGGUGAAAGAAUGCAAAAAAGCAAGUCAUAAGACUGCGGAGGAAGUGCAGAAAGUUGCGGAGCUAAAACUAAAGCUUGAGAAGGAGCUGGCGAGGAGCAGUAAAUUGGAGGAUGAGUUGAUUGUCGAGAAGAGACGGGCCUUGCAGAAGGAAGCCCAAAUGGAGAAGCAGCUCUCCGAGUUUGACACUGAGAAGGAGCAGCUGAGGGCAAAACUGAACCGUAAAGAGAACCAAACGCGAGCCCUCAGUGAAGAAGCGGAGCACUUUAAAAAAAUGAUUGAGGAGCUAAAAAGUGGAGCAGACAACUCUAAUAAAGCCGUGGGGAACGAAGUAGGCUUGUCCGAAGGGGCUGGCUCGAAUAAAAGCAAAGCGUGCCAAGUAGAUUUUCCAGAUGUGGAAGUGACGAACAGAAAUGACGCAAAGCAGGAUCAUUGCACAUUGUCUAAACCAUCGGCGCUUGUUCCACAUUUAAACGGGCAUUGUGGCACACUUACUUGCAACAAUGGUGAAGAUCGGUCAACCGACGACAAUGAGACGGAUGUUUUUUUCCUGAGUAAAAACAAGCCGGCUUCUCCCGCACCCGAUCACGUUGUUGAAAACGGAACGGCCGCUGUGACCACUGGUUUGGCCUCGCAUCUCGCCGGCGGGAGUUCCCUUUCUCCGAGCAACACGGUCAACUCGUCCGCCGCCUCGUCGGUUUCCUCCUCACCGUGCUCGUCCCCCGUGCUGACGAAGCGACUAAUUGGGUCGGCGAGCCCCACCACCGGUUUCCAGUCCUCCUACCAAGCUGGGCUGAAUCAAAGGUUCCAUGCUGCUCGAUUUAAAUUCCAAGCUCAAGCAGAGCAAGAUCAGCAGACUGGCGGCUUGCAGAGUCCUCCCCCUAGGGAUCUGUCCCCCACUACCUUGGACAGCUCAGCUGCCAAACAGUUGGCCCGCAAUACCGUGACCCAAGUCCUUUCUAGAUUCACAAGCCAGACAAGUACCCUCAAAACUCCAAAUAAUUCCCCUUUUGGCACUGACUAUCGACAGCUGGGCACGUCAACAAAGACGCCAGUCGGUGAGGCCAAUCACUCGCCAACGCCCACCAAGGUCUCCAGUCCGCAAAGCCCGCUGAUACCCGGUAUAAAAUCGCCAACAACACCAAGGGUGGAUCGAGGGAACCCUCCGCCAAUUCCCCCUAAAAAGCCCGGUCUUGCGCAGUCGCCAGCUUCGCCUCAUCCGUUGGGGAGAGCCGCCGGAGAUGGUGGACCGCUCCAAUCCGCAAAGAAUGAGCCGAGUACUCCCAACUCCCAACCUCAGCGGUUCUUCAACUGGCGUGAGACAGGGAAUCACGAGGAUGUUUCAUCGUCAAAACCCUCUUCGGACCAUAGCCCAGUGACGGGUUCGGGGGAUGGCGCUGAGAGGUCACUUCAUAUUGUCCCAGUGGGGAUAGUAUCCAAUGAACCAAAUCCUCCAGCCUCCAUGAAGCUCUCAGCAAUUUCAAUGGAUAUUUGUAACGCCACAGUGGACCUUCAAAAUACAUGUGGUAUGGAUAACAGUUUGAUCACCCCAUCCAAUAAAGAGAUUGAUAUACUUCUACCAACCAGUAGUUAAGCUGUGUACAAAUCUGAUCAACCAUUUAAAAAUCAGUUGACAUCGGGGAACUAGCAGUUUGGACUCCAGUGAUAUCAUCAUCUUGGCUGCAUGAACUGCAAUUGUGGGAGACCCAGAGGAACUUGCGUCAUCUCGUCCUGCGUCUUGGCUGGCCGUCAGCAUUUAAAAUUCUACCAGUAUAUGGAAGCAGUGUCCAUAUUCCUCCAGCUUUACUCGGCAGCAGCAGCACCAUCUACGAUCAAGGUCUUCUCCGGGAUCACACACGUUCUCAGCUGACUUGCUGACUUCUGCAAUGUGUUGGAAAAUUCAGCAGUUGACAUGUGAAAGGGAGCAGAAGAGAGAAAUGCUUUACAAAGGCACCCCCUGAACUAGUUCAGAAAACAUUAUGAUAAGUGAACAGAACAUUUGUGACGUGAUUGACUUGCCUUGCUGUGAUUGAUCUAUCCCAGGUGGUCAAGCAUUGCUUUAUGGAGACAUUCUACGCGCUGAUCCCAAAGGGACAUAUUCCACUUUCACAAAAAUGUGACUGAUAAGUGGACUCUCCGAUUAGUACAAUAUUCAUGCGUUCUAGGAGCAGAAUUACGCCAUUCGGCCCAUCAAGUCUACUCCGCCAUUCAAUCAUGGCUGAUCUAUCUUUCUGUCUCAACCCCAUUCUCCUGCCUUCUCCCCGUAACCCCUGACACCCGCACUAAUCAAGAAUCUGUCAAUCUCCACCUUAAAAAUAUCCAUUGGCUUGGCCUCCGCAGUCGUUUGUGAUAAUGAAUUCCACAGAUUCACCACCCACUGACUGAAGAAAUUCCUCAUCAUCUCCUUUCUAAAGAUACAUCCUUUUAUUCUGAGGCUUUGGCCUCUGGUCCUAGACUCUCCCACUAGUGGAAACAUCCUCACCACAUCCUGUUGCUUGAUGCAUGGUUUAACAUAUCAAUAUUUUAGGGUGCAUUUUUAAAAUCCAAGGAGACUUUUUUUAAAUUACUUAUUUUCUCAAAGCUGUGUAGACUGUCCAAUAAUACUAGUGAAAAUGAAAUCAGAGGUGUAAUAUGAUUGGCGUGGACUGAAGAGUCUAUUUCCACACCCUAUCUCUAAAGUCGAAAGACUGAACUGAAGUGUCAAUAAACCCAAUUAAUGCAGUUGGCUGUCUUGCACACCAGAUGCUGAUCUGAAGAAGGGUCUCGACC